GCAGCACUACAAUAAAAAAUGUCAAAUGAAAAUAGGGUGCUUGGAACAAACCAAAACUGAAAAUUUUUGAUUCAAGAAAAGGAGAGAUUUUUUGUCACUAAUAAUAUGAAUAAUAUAAGGAUAGCUUUAAGAGAAGUUAUACCAAAUAGACUUCGGACUACAUAUAGAAAUCAAUGGCCAAACUUAACGCAGUCCAGAUUUUAUCCCCGAGCCACGAGCUUUCCAGAUUAUUUUCAAAACCCAAUAUUUAGAAAAGAGGAUCAAGCAAAAUUGAUAGAAAAUAAUGAAUUGACUAAGCUGGCCGCGGUCCCUGUGAAACCACCUGCUGCUUAUGAGACAUCCUCAGUGUACCAUGAUGUACUUGUGGAUAAAGUUAUCAACCAUGUAAUGAAAAUGGGCAACAAACAAUUGGCUCGCAGUCUUGUUGAAAAAGCAUUUGAGAACAUCAAAAGGAAACAGAUAGAGAGAUAUCAUCUAGCUUCAACGCCUGAAGACAAGGCGAAAAUUCUGUUGAACCCUAAAGAUGUUUUACACAGAGCUGUUGAAAACUGUAAACCGCUGUUACAACUUUUGCCAAUUAAAAGAGGAGGUAUCACAUACCAGGUGCCAGGACCUAUAACUGAGAAAAGGUCUCUAUUUUUGGCUGUCAAAUGGCUGUUAGAUGCUUCAAAUGACAAAGAAAGAACAGUACAUUUUCCUGAACAAUUUGCUUGGGAACUCCUUGAUGCGGCUAACAAUACAGGAAAGGUUGUGAAGAGAAAGCAGGACCUCCACCGUCUUUGUGAAGCCAACAGGGCUUAUGCACAUUAUAGAUGGCAAUAAUGUUUUAUUAAACUUAAUGUAGACGAUAGCUUUAUUUAAGUAAGUGUUAUUUUCAAUAAAAUCAACAAUAUGGUUUGUAAUGAUGUAAGAAAUAAAUACAAAAUGAAAAUA